GUUGUAGGUAAGUUUCCAACAUGUAUCGCUUGGCAUUCAUUUUUUUCUAUUUUAUCGAAUUUUGUAAUAUUACAUGUAAUAUAUUCUAAUAUAAUAUUCUUAAUUUUCUCAAAAUAUUUUGAUUAUUCAAUGAAAAAAUAAUUAAGGUGAGAAAUAUAAUACGUAUGAGUUUGUCUUUUCAUUGUAAAAAUAAAAUGUAAAAUGUCUAAAAUAUUCUCUUUAAUUUGCAUUUUGUCUCAAUUUCGUCAUCUAGUUUAUUGGUUUCUUGGUACAGCACACUAAAUUUGAUUUGUUUUCUUUUAAGCAGGUGCAAGUGGCUUUCCAUCAAUAGUAAAAAAUAAAAAUAAAAAGAGUCAAAAAGACAUUCAUUCCAUAAAUAGAUUCAGCUUAGCCUUAUAAGGUUGCAGAGGCUUUCAAUCAUGGUUUUCCUGCACUGUUUGUUUCCCUACCAUCUUGUGAAGCAUAAGAACAGAAAAAAAAAACAUGGCAGGAGAAGCACUUCUCGGGGCUGCAUUUUCAGUGCUGCUCGAGCGUUUGACUUCCCCCGAGCUCGUCAAGUUCUUCCUUGGUCGAAAGCAUGACGAAAGGCUCCUCAAGAAGCUGAAGUUGAAGUUGCUUGGACUUAACAAGGUGCUCAAUGAUGCAGAGGACAAGCAGAUCACUCAUCGAGCUGUGAAAGAAUGGCUGGAUGAGCUUAAAGAUGCCGUUUACCACGCCGAAGACUUAGUGGAUGAGAUUGCUACUGAGGCUUUGCGGUGCAAGGUGGAAGCUGAGAACCAAAGUGGCCCAAACCAGGUACAGUCUCUGAUCUCGUCCUUCAGUAAAUUAUUUGACGUUGAGAUAGAGUCCAAGUUAGAGAGGAUGAUUGAUGUAUUAGAAGAUUUUAUGAAAGAAAAAGACGUACUUGGUUUGAGAGAAGUUGGUGGACGGAAUUGGUCCCAAACCAGGUUGCCAACAACUUCUUUGGUGGAUGAAUCUUGUGUUUAUGGACGGGAGAAUGACAAGGAAGAGAUAAUGAAAUUGUUGCUCUCAGAUGGAGAAAGUAGUAAUGGGAUAGAUGUGAUUCCGGUUGUUGGAAUGGGUGGGGUGGGCAAGACCACCCUUGCUCAACUUUUGUACAACGAUGGUAGAUUGGAUGGGCACUUUGUUAAGAAAGCAUGGGUAUGUGUCUCUGACGUAUUUGAUGUUUCAAGGGUCACACUAGCAAUUGUUGAGGCAGUCACUGAGAAGGCUUGUGAUACAAAGGACCCAAACUUGCUUGCGGUCAAGCUGAAGGAAUCAUUGAGUGGGAAAAGGUUUCUUAUUGUCUUGGAUGAUGUUUGGAACGAGAACUAUGACAAUUGGAAUGCCUUGAUGACUCCUUUCAGAUUUGGAGCACAAGGGAGUAAGAUUAUCAUUACAACGCGCAAUGAGAGCGUUGCAUCUAUCAUGCAAACAGUUCCUAUUCAUGGUUUGCAGAAAUUACCAGAGGAAGAUUGUUGGAAAUUGUUUUCCAAACUUGCAUUUGAGAAGGGAGAUUGCAAUGCACAUCCUAACCUUGAAAGGAUUGGUAAGGAGAUAGUGAAAAAAUGUAACGGUUUGCCUUUAGCUGUAAAAACAUUGGGUGGUCUUUUGCGCUCCCAACGAGAUCUCAAGGAUUGGAACAACAUACUGGAGAGUGCCAUAUGGGAGUUAUCAGAGGAGAAGAGCAAUAUCCUUCCAGCAUUAAGAUUGAGCUAUCAUUAUCUCCCCUCGCAUUUAAAAAGAUGUUUUGCAUACUGUUCCACAUUUUUUAAGGACUAUGAAUUCAACAUGGAGGAAUUAGUCUCAAUUUGGAUAGCAGAAGGUUUUUUGGAGAAGCCCAAGAAUAAUAAGACAGUGGAAGAAGAAGGUUAUGAGUGCUUCCGCGAAUUGCUUUCAAGGUCAUUUUUUCAGAGAUCAAAUGCUAAUGAUUCUUUGUAUGUCAUGCAUGAUCUUGUUCAUGAUUUAGCUCAAUAUGUGAUGGGAGAUUUCUGUUAUAGGCUAGAGGAUGGCAACCCACACGGUAUUGCUGAAAAGGUGCGUUAUUUCUCAUUUGUUCGAAGUAGAUUUUGUAGUUUUGAGAAGUUCAAGGAAAUAAGGGAGGCUACGUGUUUAAGAACUUUCCUACCAUUCAAGGGUAGAGGUGAAUUAAUCAAGUUGAGCAAAAAGGUUGUGGAUGAGAUUUUGCCAAGAUUGACACGUUUACGGCUGCUGUCGCUGUCGGAAUAUGGGAUUGGAGAAUUGCCAUAUUCAAUUGGCAAUUUGAUACAUCUACGCUUUUUGGACCUUUCUCGGGCCCAAAUCAGGGAGUUGCCAGAAUCAGUUUGUACACUGUACAAUUUAGAAACAUUGUUGUUAUUUAAAUGUGAUCUUCUAACAACAUUACCGGCAGAUCUUGUAAAACUGAUUUCAUUGCGUCACCUUGAUUUAAGCGGAACCAACUUAAAAGAGAUGCCAAUGAAUAUAAGUAGGUUGAAAGAUCUCCAACAAUUAACUGUUUUUGUAGUAGGAAAGUGCACAGGUAUUAGCGAGUUGGGAGAGUUCCAUUGCCUUCGCGGGACAAUCUCCAUCUCAGGAUUGCAAAAUGUAGAAAGCGGCAAUGAUGCGUUGGAAGCAAAAAUGAGUGAGAAAAAGCAUCUUGAAAAGCUAGCGUUGGAAUGGAAUAGCACUAUAGAGGACUCACAGAAUGCAAGAGAUGUACUUGAAAAGCUAGAGCCUCAUAAAACCUUGAAGCACCUUGAGAUAAAAAACUAUGGAGGCACAAGAUUUCCUACUUGGUUAGGAGAUCAAUCGUUUUGCAAUAUGGUGUCGUUACAUUUGGAGAAAUGUGAGAAUUGCUUUUCCUUGCCACCACUCGGCCAAAUGCCCUCUUUGAAAGAGCUUACCAUUGCAAGGAUGCCAGGAAUAACAAAUGUGGGCCAUGAAUUUUAUGGAGAGAGUGGAUCUUUAAGCAAACCGUUUCAGUCGCUCGAGACUCUGCGUUUUGAGAAAAUGUCGGGUUGGGUGAAUUGGUGUAUAUUAGACGCUGGAGAGUUCUCUCGGCUUCAAAAGCUUGAGGUUAGCGACUGUCCCAAGCUGAUCGGACACUUACCGACGAAUGUUCCUUCUCUGGCGAGACUUAAGAUAGUGGACUGCCCAGAGCUUGUGGCUUCACUCUCAAGGACUACUUCUAUAAGCAGUCUAGUGUUGAAGCAAUGCCAAGGGGUACAGUCGGAGUGGCAAAGUGUGUCUUCUGUUGAAAAACUGGAGAUUUCAGGCUUUGAAAGCUUGAAGGAAUUUGCAAGCGAGCUGGUAACGCUAACAAAUCUGAAGGAGCUGAAGAUAGAGAAUUCAAGUCUCUGUGUCCCAAUAUCUGAGGAGAUCAGCCAGUGCAGUAUGUUCCUUGAAAGGCUGACCUUGGAUAGCUGUGAGAGCCUCAAAUCCCUCCAACUAGGUUUAUUCCCAAAGCUUCAAUCUCUGGGAAUCAUGGAUUGUAAAAAUUUUGAGACCCUGUUGAUUCCGGAUGGCAUUGUGCUCGAAAAUGUGACAUUACUUGAGAAACUUACCAUCAGUAAUUGCAAUAAUAUGUUAUCUUUUCCCUGCGGAGGAUUACCUGCUCCAAAUCUGUCUUCUUUGAUUCUCUAUCGUUGUGAGAAACUGAAGGCUCUGCCAGAACAAAUGCACACCCUCCUUUCGUCUCUUCAGUCGUUAGAGUUAUCCAGAUGUCCAGAAAUUGAGUCUUUUCCGGAAGGGGGUCUGCCCUCCAAAUUGGGUCAUCUUAAAAUCUGGAAUUGCAAGAAACUUGUCGGUGGCCGAAGAGAAUGGGGUUUGCAAACACUACCCUCUCUCACAAGCUUUUCACUGUGGGGUGAAUCCGAAGAUGUGUUGGAGUCGUUCCCCGAGGAUGGGCUGCUGCCCCCCACUCUUACAUUUCUCCACUUCGGAGAUCUGCAGAAUCUCAAAUCACUCAACAAAAGGGGCCUUCAACUUCUUGGCUCUCUCGAAUGCAUGUGUUUUUUCAUUUGCCCUCAGCUCCAAUCCUUUACGGUAGAGAGAUUACCCACUUCUCUCUUAGAGCUGUAUGUUAGCGGCUGUCCAUUGCUGAAGCCUCGUUGCCGCAGGAAGGAAGGAGAAGACUGGCAUAAGAUUGCUCACAUCCCUUUCAUAACUAUCAAUGAUGAAGUAAUCAGUGAAUAAGUCCAUCUACGAUAUGUGGCCAAGGAAAACCAAAGCUUCCCACUCAGGCAAAGACCGCAGCUUUCUUAUUUGGUUUUCAAGUUCCUGAGUUUGGAAGUUAGUUGACUGAUAAUAAACAGCUACAGGCAUGUACAGCUAUGGAGGUUGCAUUGCAUGGCUUCUAAAAGCAGGCGGAUCUUGGGUGGCCAAAAUUGUAUGAUAAGCAAUGGCAGAUCAUCUAGGCCGUGUUUGGAUUAGGACUUUGUGAAGGCUAAUAUUGUAGGGCUACGUUGCUGCAACAUCUGUUCCAGCUAUAAUAAAUGUGUCACUAUUAUGGCAGAGAAAGAAAGAAGUACCCAUGUGUCUGGCUUUUGAGAACUUCCAGUCACAAUCGGGACGUGCAUCCCUCGCCAUUUUUACCAGGAAACAGUACCAUUGCAACAGCUAGCAAGAAGCCGUUCCAACGAAUCCUUAUGGGGAAAAUUACCUACAGUCAUUGAGCUCUUCACAUGGGAUACGUUAUGCAGCCAGCUCCAGUCUCAAAUGUUUCUUCCAUCCCAAUUGGUUUACAUAAUUGGUUUUAAUUCCACUCAUGCUCGCACUAAAGGAUAGUUCUCCUCACCAGAAUAAUUCUCAACUUUGAAGCCAGAACUUUUGGCAUUUGCGAUGUUUAUAUGAAGGAAAUUUUGCUGCAAACUCUGAUUCUGUUGAGAUGUUGACACAUUUUAUACAAGAUGAACUUUGCUACUCCGCCGGUAACCCCUCAGACUACAGUAAACCAGUAAAACCCUUUGUCCAUGCAGCCCCUCCUGUGUUCAGGAAUGUGGAGCAAUACCAGCAGCCGACAUUGGGUUCUCAGCUGUAUCCUUUAAUUUUUUAGGGAACCAACAACCCCAAUUAUCAAACUGGACCUCCUGGGAACUACAGUUCCUGGACAUGGGUCCAACACAGCCCUACUCAGCCAGCCCAAGUUCAAUCAGCCAGCACAUGCCCAACACGGUCCAGACAGAUGAUACUUCAAAUGUACCCAGCAACAACCUGUCAUUCUGGCCUUGACGCGGCUUUUUAAUGAGACAUCGAAGCACUGGGAAGUUCACGCGCAAGUCUAGCUAAGAAGCGAGAAAUUGAUGAUAAUUCAAGGAAAAUAGGUGCCCUUGUUUGCCAAGCUUAACAGCGGGGACAUCUCAAAAGCUACUGCUGAAAAGCUUGUUCAGCUUUGUCAGUUGUUGGAUGACGCUGAUUUCAGUACUGCUUUUCAAAUCCUGGUGCAACUUACGACUAGUGACUGGGAUGAGUGCAAUUUCUGGCUACAACACUUUAAUGAAUGAUCAAGACUCGGCAAAUUGUGAGAUGAAUUGGAACGGAAAACUCCGCCCAGCAUUAAAGUUGGAGUUUGAAAUUCUGUCAUUGUGGUGUUAUGCCUGGGCUCUGAUACCUUUAUAUAUACAAGAACUCGGAUUUUCAGAUAGGUUACGGCAGGCUUAUGGUUCCAAUUUCUUGGUGUUUUAAAAGUAGUAAACAGAUGGAAGUUCUCAGGACAUUUGUGGACUUUGCUAAUUGUUUCACAGUUAUAUUUUGAUGUGUUUAGAAAUAGAUAUAUGAAUAAGUAAUUUUUUUUUUUUUCGCCACAGUCCAUGCAUUAAGUUGCUUUGGGUGACUAUCUUCCAACUUGUUGUCCCUUCACCCUUGUCAAUGAUUUUGAAUUUCUAUUGACUAUUGAACAAGAUCACUUCCUGUUGUAGCAAUGGUGUGUCUUUUUUGUUAGGAGAAAAUCCUCUCCAAUCUCUGAUAUGUAUUGGACCGUACGUUCAGUUUUGAAAAUCCUUCCAAGGUU